UAUUGCUAUUUUAGUAUUAGUAGCUGCGGAGGGUCGCUCAGAUCGAAUAGCUUCGAUUCCAGACAUCCAUAUGCCGAUUCGCCGGGGGGAGUAUAGAGGGUGAAAAAUGGAAAGAUGAUGAUACCAUUACAGUACUAGCAGAUUAGUCAUUCCUACUUGCCACCCAAAUGAUUCAGAAUGAUCAUGCCACGAUUUCGGAAUCUGUGUACAUGCAAUUUCAAUUGCAGAGCCACCAUAGCUAUGUUCGCGCUCUGCAUAGUGAGUGCACUGAGCUGGAGAGCAAUUUCUCCCAGUACGUCCAGGUUGCUUGACAAAGCGCUGGACGACGAGGUGGGGAGUCGGCUGAAAGAGGAAUAUCGGCAGCAGCAGCGAGAGAUCUUGCAGUCACCUACCAGCCAACGGGUGGAACACUCCGCACCGCAGCCGGCCACAACACGCAGCGCAACGUCAGCAGUCCGAAGCAUGCCUCAGCGAGCCAGAUCAGUAGCGAAGACCACAAUGCAGGGCAGUACCUCUCUCCGAAGUACUCCUGUAGUUACAUCAAAGCCAGCACAUGCCGUGACACAGAGAUAUAACCAGACCCUGUCAAUCACCUCAGCCUCUGCCUCUUCAUCAGCUGCACCAAAGAAGAAAAUCAUCACAGCUCCCACUGUACUUGUGGAUGAGAAGACGGGGAUUCGUCUGGGCACCUUCCUCUAUAUGGUAUUAGGCGAGGGCGAGCCUCAGAAACGGUGGUUGGAUCGAGCGAGCUGGACAGACGUAUACCUGCUCUACGUAAGCUGGAAAUCUGACGUGACUGUACAGCUCCAGGGGCACGUCUCAGAAACGUUUCGAUACGUAUUCUAUGCUAAGUCGACAUGGACUUCGUCGCGUAACCACAUGGCAAAGCUUGGACAUCAGUGGGAACUCGAGCAGAAAUGGCGCUUCGAGUAUUUCGUCUUUUUUGACGAGGACGUAUUACUGGGGUAUCGCACGCCGGAGAACCCCACGAAAGUUGUGUUGGAUUUCCCGAAUGACGACACAGCAUUGCACAAGUUCAACGAAGUGCUUCUCCGAGAUCGGCCCAUGAAAGCGGGGGUCAGCUUCAACGAAUUUGACUGGAACAAGAAAAAUCUGCGUUGCCAGAGCCGAUGUCAGGCGGACAACUUGGUAAUGGCGUAUCAUCGCUCAGCAAAUCGUUUUCUGGAGCCAUACACCACACACUUCGAUAAAACGAAUUGGUGGCUGUCUGCUUACAUUCUAAACAUGUACAUCUCGGUUAUUGGCCCUGAAUACUGUGCCAGUUACAAUGAAAUAGUGGUCGAUCGCAAGACGCAGGUGCAUAACUACAAGUAUCCGCGCAAUGAGCUGAUGUGGGAUGAUGCUAUCAUGUUUGUCAACCAGUGCCUUUCUGAAGGAAACUUCUCCGAUUUCAGUAUCGACUCUAAAAUCACAGCCGUUAGAAAGCAAAUACAAACUUCACUAUCUCGGGAACCGUACGGCUGGCCUGACUGUAAACGCAACGCACAAGGUGUAAACUUUGGCGAACUGCUGAAAUCUAAGACCAGCUUUCCACAGACUUGCAGUGGCAUGUGCAGCGAUUUCUAAUCGAGAGGUUGCUGGUUGGAUUCCCGACGAUUAUGGUCACACGUCUUUCUUCUCUUUCUCAGACUCCUCUUGACUUUCUAUCAUUCUCCUAGGAUUCUGGGCGGUUACCAACAAAAGACAAAAAAUCGGGAUUCACUGGCCAGAAAAAGCCACUUCAUAGCUGUGUGGUGUACGAGGCUGAAUAGCGGUGGUCUAUUCUUCAGUCUUGCAAGCUGUUGAAUGGUGCAAUCUCAGCACAAGCUGCUAUGGCUUCUGCUGUAGCAUCGCCUCCGGCGAUGGACGUCAAAAGGUCCAAAAGGUGUGUGUGUGUGUGUGUGUGUGUGUGUGUGUGUGUGUGUGUGUGUGCCUGUGU